UCGUGGCCGUCGUACGGCACUAGGAGCCGCUGACGCGCGUCGACAAACUUUCCCGAACUUACGCUACGAAGUUGGAUGCAAUUUGUGUAGUGUAGUGGCUAAAUUGUGUGCUUUUUCGGCUGGCUUAACUGUUAGCUAAUAGUUCCAGGAACUAUUAAUGGAUACUUGAAGUUCUGAACGGACCGUAAGACAAUGAGCUGGCGUCACCUGAGACGAGCGUGGCUGGGUUGAGAGGUCACACGGAGAGGAGCCAGGAUGUCGCUGAACCGGGCCAUCUUGCUGAUCGCCAUGAUAUCUUUCAAAGAUUACGGAGUGGCCAGCUUGCAGCUACUAGAGUUGAGGGUGCCGGCCCAUGUCCCUCUAGGCACCCGGGCGCAGCUUUCGUGUCAAUGGAAACUUGGCCCUACGGACAUUCUUUACUCCGUCAAGUGGUACAAAGAUGGGAAGGAAUUCUUCAGGCACGUGCCACGAGACUUGGAGCCCUUCAGAAAAUUCCCAUUGCCUGGCGUUGAUGUUGAGAAUGCGAACCGAAACGCGUCCAACGUGACGCUAUUCCCCGCUGUCCUGGAAACCGGAGGACGGUACCGCUGCGAGGUGUCCGGCGAGAGGCCGCUGUUCCCCACCGUGUCCGACCACGCCGACAUGGUCAUCGUAGCUCUACCAGACCAAGGUCCCACGAUAACGGGGUCUCGUCUUCGCUACCAGAUCGGGGAUAGAGUCCAAGUGAACUGCACGUCGGGCAAGUCGCGGCCUGCCACCAGGCUGGCGUGGUACAUCAACGGAGAGCCGGCGCCCCCCUCUGCGGUCCUCCCCCCCACGCAUGAGAAGGUGGAAGAUGGCCUGGAAGUCACCAGUCUCGCGCUCGACUUCAAAGUCAAGCUCAAACAUUUUAGGAGGGGAGACCUUAAAUUAAAGUGUCUAGCUACGAUAGCUACAGUUUACUGGCGGAGCAAUGAAGAGAGCGUGCAAGGAGAGCGGCCUAAAGGCUACGCCCGGUCGCGGGAGCUGAGCGAUGCCUCCAGGGCUAACCGGGUGCAGGCGGCAGGCAAACUCGGGGGCUCCGCCGACGAGCUCAACACAGCCACAAACCUUCUUGUGUUCGGAGCCCUACUUAUACAAUGGUUGCCGACAAAACUCUCCUUGUAAAUUGUGAUAUUGACGUGACUAUGGUGAAUGAAUGAUCGAAAAUGGUUUUAAAAACUUUGGAGCUUAAAAGUUUAGUGACUCUUUACAGAUUACUUAUAUUUAAUCUGUGUUCAUUCCAUUAUUGAGUCGCAACUCUGUAUAUAGCUUAUUCAUACGCAGCUAUGGAGUGAAGACUUUAAUAGUUUGUUACAAAUUAUAAAAUUAAGGGUUAUCAUAAAUUGAGAAAUUAUUACGUAAAUAAUGUUGGUAGUUGUAAAGCAAAAUUUUUAAAGUGAUUAAGUAUUUAUAAAGUGCUUAUAUAGGUAGAAUGUUUACGGAAGAUAUUUAUUUAAAGGUGUAAAGAAUGUUGUAAAAUUUCAUUGCUUCGUUAUGAUGUCGAUAAUGUAAAAUGGAACUGAACUGAAUGCGAAAAGUGAACAUUACUUAUCAAUUAAUUCAUAUCAGAAAAUAAGUAUUAAGUACUUUCUGAAUAGGUAAAUAACUAUUUAAUGAGUACAUUUGUUUGUACUUAAAACCAGAAGCUUGCUUAAUAAAAAUGCUUUUAUAAUAAAAAUUUAUAUUGUCGGCUUUUCGUAGUUUAUUUUUCAUUACUUUCUUAUUUUUAUAAUGUUUGGGAAGAAGUAUACGACAUUUAUGCGUUGACAUCGAAAUUAUUUUAUUUGAAUACUUUACCAUUCAAGUGUAAAUUGAGUUUAUAUUUCAUCCAUUCAUAUUACUACUGCCUAAUAAUAUAUUUGAAUGGAUUAACAAUAAAAGAACAAUAUGUAGAAAAGUGUAUAUAAUUCCCGCGUGUGUAGUCUAUGGUAAAACGUAAAAUGUUAUAUGAAAAGAAAAUAUUAAUUCAGGUUGAUCAAGGAAUUUGCUUAAAAUAAAUACAUAUAAUCACGUCUAUAUCCCUUGCGGGGUAGACAGAGCCAACAGUCUUGAAAAGACUGAUAGGCCUCAUUGAGCUAUUUGGCUUAAUGAUAGAAUUGAGAUUCAAAUAGUGACAGGUUGCUAGUUUGCUUUGUUUUUGAUUUGGAAUUGAAAACUCUUUAUGGUGUGUUUAGUGUUCUGCUUGUUGUUCUUCUAGCUGAUUUGUUUCAUUCACAGAAGAUUCAGGUAAAACGAUACUGCUUGCAAGUUUUUUUUUUAGUUUUAACAUUUUUGGAAGUGAAGAACAAGCAAGUGUCGAACUUGCUCUUUUGAAUUCGUGUUAUAAGGUGAAUUAAACUCACUGUUUUAAAAAAAUCUGUAUAAGAAGUCAAUUUAAUUUGACAUCAAAGCAUGCCGUUACAAAUCGGAAAAAUCCAAGCGAAUGUUUUGUAGCACGUUCUACGAAGCUACGCGUCUACGACGUAAUGCAUUUAUACUUUAUAUUAAAAUCUGUACUUCAAAGGAACUAUGUAGGUAUACUGAUAUGACGUAUUAUUUAAUAUUAUAAAACUGUAUUUUAUAUUUGUAGACAAAAUAGUAUACGAAAUUUAUUAAUAAUUUCAAUACUAUGACAAAAAGUGGCGCGGCACCUCAACUGACUUUUGUCGCAACUUACUAUCAAAGCAAGCAAACAACCAAUUCCAGCGUAGCGUAUCAUUUAUUCAGCGUAUUUCAGUAGAUUUAAGUAUAAUGCAAGCUUGAUGUAAUUCAGGAGAAACCAAAAUUUAUUAACAAAUUCGGUAAGUGAAUGUUUUAUUGAUAUGAUUCCCCGCUAUAAUUAUCUGAUAUAUUUUUUACAAAGGCGAUUUAGAAAUCAAGUUUUAUUUAGUAUUAGUAGAUAUUAAUUUACCUAAAACCUUUAAGUGCCAUUGUAGGGUAUGAAAAUUUUAUGUUACCGGAUACAAUACCUCUAAGGCAUCCAAAGAUUUAUUGCCUACCAAAGUAAAACGCCUAACACGUAACAAUAAAAUACUUGAACGCCAGACUAGAUCUCUGUGAUUGCAGGAUGGAACAAUAUGACGUAGGUGCAAAAAGACAGACCAUAAAAUGCAUGCAUUUGACAUCUGUCGCAGAGGUCAAGCUACAGCUACAGCUAUACCUAAGCUAUACAGCUCAGUACCUAACUGUUGGCGAUGAAACAGUUUUAAAAUUUUAAACCUAUUUAAAAAAAAUAAUUACUUAGUAAUUUUAAUUUUCCCUCGUCCAAGAUUGUUUUGUUCACUGUCGAGACUAAAAUUUAUUUCCUAACAAAAUAUAAUUUAUUUUUUGUAUCAACUUUUGGAAACCAUACCUACAGUUUUGAAUAGUUCUAUUUAAUUCUAUAACUAUAGGUAUAUCAAAAAAAUAAUUAUCUGUAAAUGUCAAUAAAUCAGCCUAAAUUCGAGAUUCGAGAUGGGAAUAUUAAAAGGGGGACAAAAAGUAGAAGACAGAUAUAUAGAAAUAUUAGCUUAAACUUUAGGUAUAAAAACAUAGUUGGAUUUUGGAGUUUUUUUGAUUUUAUGGCCUAAAUAUAUAUCCGAUAUAUAACGAUGUAUUAUGUAAAAUUACAUUAUGUUCUCGAUGACGUCGAACAUUUAUAACGAAAAGAUAUUAUAUUUAGAUAUUUAUAAGUUUUAUUAACAUAGCUAGUCAAUGAUUUAAAACAAAAUGAAUAUAAAUAUGAUAUAAAGUGGAAAUCAUAUGUAAAUUUACUUAUAAUGUAUCUACGAAAUAAACGAACAUAUAUGAAUAUUUCUUGGUGAUUUGAUAAAUAUAUUCUGUUUGUGUAAGGUACUUAGGGUAAACAUCGUUUUAUCGUUAUAUUGCAUGCGCAUAUUGUAAUAAUAUACCUAUAUUAAAAAAAACCUAUCUCCCGUUUCAUUUUUCUUUCAAUUAUAAUUGCACCAUUUUAUAAAUAACGUGGUUCAUUAGGAAUGCUUGAGGCUAUCACAUAUCAAUUGAUGACCCUUUUAUCCCUUUUAAUUUUUAUUUUCCCUUUAUCUCGUAAACAUAUCCAGCACUAGGUUUUGGUAUGUAUAUGUUAGUAAGUACAAUUUGUCUUUUAAUAUUUAUGAUAAUAAUUUUCAAUAAUAGGACUGUAUACCAUAGCGAUUUAUACAUUCAGUUUUGUAUGUAUAAAUUUUCCUGACCGCAAAGGCAUCGGUUAGCAUUUAAUUAUUUUUUAUGACUACGAAACCACAUUUUCUUCUCUUCAAAGAAAAUGCAGUCUUUUACCGCUAUGUCCUACUGAAGCUAAAUGUCAAAAAGCCAACCUAAAACAUGAUACAAACUCGCAAAAAAGGGAUAAGGAUAUUGUAUUCAACAACGGUAUUUGGGAUAUUUUUGUGUGGGCUAUAAUAAGAUAACAUUUAUUCUUGUAAAACAACGUAAGCAAUGCACGUCAAAGAAAUUGCCAUGGGCCAGGAGGACGUAUACACAAAUAAAUCCACAAAUUGUAUAAUUUUAUGUUUAUUCUGCUGUUAUAUCACAGCUUUAUUGAUGGGACUGUACCGGCGUAGUUAUAUGAAAGUUUCAGUGUGGUUAUUUAAAAAUUUGUAUGUAUUAUGUUUACUGAUGUUUUAAGUUGAUAACAUAUUUAAGAACCUUUACUUGUACUCAAGAAGUCUACAAUUGAGUUUCAAUACGUCAAACCUAAUUUUGAUAUGUUUUAGACUACGUACGAGUCAAAUACGCAGUUAUAAUUGUUGCUUAUUGUUAUAAUGUAUUUAGUGAUAACAUAAAUUGUAAAUAAUAAAAAUAUUGUGUAGCUCAAAAUAAACUACGUGAUCUAUA